UCCUUCAUCCCACCAGCAACAAGAUGGAGAUCCAGCAACAAAUGGAGCUCACAUGAGCACCCGAGUGAGAUACGCUCCCUAUGCUGUUCCACCAUGUCAUCGGAGAGGCAAUUCUCAGAAACAAGACCAAACCCAGACUAACAUGGAGGGAGAGCAAAAGCCUCCAGAGAGGAGAAUGGAGCAGGAGAAGCAGGAUGAGACCACAGGGAAAUGGUUCAAGAUCAUUAUCCCAUUCGGCAUCAAAUAUGAUGAGAAGUGGCUGCUGGAUCUGAUUCAGGGACAAUGCAGUGUCCCCUUCACCCCAGUUGAGUUUCACUAUGAGAGAAUGCAGGCCCAAUUUUUUGUUGAGGAUGCCAGCGUUGCCUUUGCACUGAAGAAUGUCAAUGGCAAGAUCUGGGAUGAGGCUAAUGAAAGGAUCUCUAUCUUUAUCUACCCCUCUGACACACCCCACUCUGUGCAGAAGGAGCUGACGUCAGUAAAGGUGGAGCAGACAAAGCUGACCAUGAACAAAUGAUAUGGAGGCUCCCAGCAAUCUCUUAACAUCCAGAGAGUCUGCUUUGCCCCUGACUUGAUCACCCAUGAUAUUGAAAUGGUACCAAAGCCUAGACACAGCAUGGCUGCCUCCCUGAAGACCCAUGAGAAGAACAUGCCUGAGAUGAGGACUCAGAAGGAGCUGGACGAGGGCAAAAGUCUGCAGCCAGAAGAGAUGACUGCCGACAGAAGCACCCUGUGCACCGCCUUCCCUGAUAAAUCAACCAACAUAAGCUCCAUCCUGGAAUUGUUUCCCAAGUUAUUAUGCCUGGACAGCCAGGAGUCACCUUCACCAACCACCAUUGGUAUUGCAGCCCACAAGUGGUUACCAACCUGCAGGGGAAGCUUCUUUGGAUCUGAUGCCCUGAAGCGUCUAAUCCUUCAAUUCCUGCAGCAUUACUACUUGAUCUACGACUCCAGAGACCGUCAGGGUCUCCUCGGUGCCUACCACGAAGAGGCCUGCUUCUCCCUGGCCAUUCCCUUCAGCCCCGAGGACCCAGGCCCAAGCAGCUUGUGCGAGUACUUCAAGGAAAGCAGGAAUAUGAAGAAGCUCAAGGACCCCUCCCUGCGUGUUCAGCUGCUGAAGCAUACAAAAUGUGACGUCAUGCGCUCCCUCUGUGUGCUGCCCAAAACUCAGCAUGACCUCAGCUCCUUCGUGGUGGACAUGUGGUUCCAGACGGAGAGGAUGCUCUGCUUCUCUGUCAACGGGGUGUUCAAGGAAGUGGAAGGCAUGUCUCAGGAUUCUGUUCGUGCCUUCACUCGGACCUUCAUUGCUACUCCUAUCAGCAAUUACAGUCUAUGCAUCGUGAAUGAUGAUCUGUUUGUGAGGGACGCCAGCCCCAAGGAGACCCAGAGCACAUCCUCUGUCCCAGUGCCCACACCCUCCUGCAGCUCCUGGCCCACCCUUUGCCAGAAGCAGCAGGAAAUGGGGCAGACUUUCUCCACCCAGUCUGGGAUGAAUCUCCAGUGGUCUCAGAAGUGAGUGCUGGGGGUGCAUGGGGAUAGGAGGGAGCUGGGAGGAGCCAAGAUUGAAUCAUGUCAACUUGCAGGUAAUUUGUUUUGCUUAUUUAGUUCACUCACUACUUAUAAGAUAAGCAGGUUUUUUUCUUUUAAUUAUUUGUACAUUUACUUACUUACUUAGU